AUGUCUCCAGAAAACCCAAAUGGGACAACAGCACACGAGCAAGCCGAAACGGCCUAUUUCCACAACAACCCUGCUCCCAAGUCUCUAACCAACCAUGAGACCUUGGCUCGGGAGUUCAUUCAAUAUCACCUGGAAAAUGCGCCGAAUCGUCGAAUCGCCUUGGUCACUUCCGGGGGCACGACUGUUCCACUAGAGAAUCAAACCGUGCGUUUCAUUGACAAUUUCUCUGCCGGGACUCGAGGAGCCACCUCGGCGGAAUACUUUUUGCAGGAAGGCUAUGCAGUCAUCUUCUUGCACCGGCAAUUCAGUCUUCUGCCCUACUCUAGGCACUACAGUCACAGUACUAACUGCUUCCUCGAUUUCAUGGAGGAAUCCGGGGAUGGGGAACGGGUAGUCGUCCGAACAGAAUAUCAAGAAAAGAUGCGGCGAGUUUUGAGGCAGUAUCAGCACGCCAAGCAGAAUCGGUUGCUCUUGCUCCUUCCGUUUACCACUGUCACGGAAUACAUGUUCGAGCUUCGCAGCCUUGCUGUUAUCAUGCGCCCUCUUGGAAACCGGGCGCUUUUCUACUUGGCGGCUGCAGUUUCUGACUUCUUCAUCCCGAGAGAUCGGAUGGAGGAGCAUAAGAUCCAGUCUCUUGAAGGUGGCGCCAGCCGCCAGUUGGUCAUCAAUCUGGACCCAGUGCCCAAGUUCCUCAGCAAUUUGGUGCAUAGCUGGGCUCCCAAGGGCAGUAUGAUAGUAAGCUUCAAGCUGGAAACCAACCCGGAUCUCCUGGUGACCAAGGCCGAACAAUCUUUGGAGCGCUAUCAACAUGACCUCGUGAUUGGCAAUCUACUCACCACCCGCAAAUGGGAGGUCGUCUUUAUUACUCGCGGUGGUGGGGAGAAAUGGAUUCGAGUUCCAAAGACGAGGCGCUCCAAAAGUUUUUCUGGAGUGGAGGCUCUGGUAGGCAAGGCAGAGCGAAAACAUGGCCCAGAACCCCACGAUUUGGACGGAGGUACCGUGACAGAGGGUAUGGAGAUCGAGAGUUUGAUCAUUCCUGAGUUGGCCGCGAUACAUUCGAAGAUGAUAGAGCAGACUUCGUAA